CUUGCCUUCCGGUUUCUUCAGCUGUGUUUGUUACCUUGUCGAUCGGACCUUUGAAAGUUACUUCACAGAUGGCAACUCAGCAAAGAGGCAGACUUCCUCCAGAAGAUGAGAAACGGUUACAGUUGAACUAUGAAUUCCUUAAAAGUGAACUUGAUGGAAAAGACAUAGUUGAUAAAAUGUUUCAGAGUGGCAUUUUCUCUAUGGAUGACAUGGAAGAAGUAAAAAAUGCCAUGCCAAAUAUUCGAAGCAAGAGGGCUGAAGUCUUUCUAACUAAAUUAUUCAACUCAGGAAGCAAUGGUUAUACAGUAUUCUUAGAUGCAAUUAAAGGAGCUGGAUACCCGCAUGUUGCUAAAAUUCUCGAAAACACUGUUCUGGUUUCUGAAGUUGAAGAAGAGGACUGGUUUGAGAGUGUGCCAGGUUCACGCAGGACGGACAAAAUACAGGAGAAAGAGUUGAGCAGAAUGGUGCAGGCAUUUGGCAUUGGCUGGGAAUUCAUCGCCAUUGAACUUAAGAUGACCAAAGCUCAAAUUGAACAGGCCAAAUUAGCUGGCCAUACACCAUACUUGCAGAUGUUUAAUGUAUUUACGAAGUGGAGACAGCGUGAGGCAGGCAGAGCAACGUUCCAGGCAUUUGUAAAGGCACUUCGGGCCUGUGAGAACAUGUGUACUAUAGACUGGGACAUCAUCAAGAAUACAGUGCAAAACUCACAUUGACACAAGGUUUAGAGUGCACCCUGGUUAAUGCAGGGUAUUUUAUCUCCAAUGUUUUACCAUUUAUACCCUGGACCUUUGUGCAUUGACUAAUAUACAGGGCCUUUCUCCACAAAGAUGUCUUAGCACUAAGACAACAGUAUCCCUAUUACAUUAACUUAGAUCUCUGUUACAGUUACAGUGCUAAGAUCACUUAGGGCCCAAGGUUUUUGUCUCCUAUCACUUAGGACAGAAUUUUUGAUUACUCAUAAACUUCAAAUCGGACAACAAAUCAAAAUGGCUCUUCUGAAUGAGAGUUUGGCAUUCAUCUCCAGUCAUCCAUAUAGUUGGAGUGAAGUAGUUUAGAACUGAUUUGAAAACUGUUGUAGAUUACUGCUGUAGAUUACUUCUGUUUAGGCUGAAGAGAUGCGUUAAGACAAAGAGGUAGGUCCUCAUGUGUUUGCACUCUGUUAGAGACAUGAUGUAACAAGCUCAAAUAGCUGCCACUUUGUCCCAUCGUGAAAAAACAAUGUAAUUAGAUAGCUAUUUUUAGCAUUUCCUCAAAAACAAAGCUACAUCCAAACACUGUGUUGCAGUUGAAGUGACAAAUACCUUGACAUAUAUGAUUUUCAACACAAUCACAAAAUGACAAAUAAAUAACAUAUUUCAAAAUAAAGAAUAAAGACUCAGCUUUACUUCAAAUAACUGUAAGUUUGACACAACAGCGUUAGACUUUACUUGGAAAAGAGGUCCAGGGUAAAUCGUAAUCUAAUGGAGAUAUACUCUUGUUAAACAAGGAUGAACACAAUCCAACAAGUUGUGACGAAUAUGCCUGAAUCAGGUCCACUUACAUAAUGCUAUGUAUAUGGUCAUGUGUUAUAAUGCUAUAGGGAACCCACACGUAUUACAGGAUCCUCCAAGUCUCUUUGCUAAAGCUAAAAUGGGGAUGAGUAUUGGCUGCUGGGGCUGAGAAGGGAGGUGAAUGUAUUUUCAAGUAAAUGUCCCAAGGUCUGCUAUAGACACCAAGAUGCAGGCUUGGUAACAGGAGUGAUGUUUCUUCACUCCAAUAUGCUUGUAGUUUGUUUUUCUAAAUACAUUAUUUUUAGAAGGAAUUUCACACUUUAUAUCUUUAACAUACAUAUAUGUAUAUAAGAAAGAUCAUCAGAACCCAAUUCAUCGACAUUGUUCCAAAGGUCAUCAGACAAGUGUCAAACACAUUCUCAACUUCCUGGGGAGUGUACAAUGAAUAAAUGGUUAAGGAUAUAUCAUAUUUAUAUAAUGCCUUGCAUAUUCCCCUAUUCCACAAACUAAGUGAUUUGACAAAUCACCCUGAAUAUACUUUUUAUGAUGCAUGUAGAAUUUUAUUUCUUUAAGUGGUGUAUAAAAACUGAUUUACCAGUGACACUAAAGCCAUGGUGCACAGAUGCUUCAUACUUACCAUACUAUACUUGCUGUUUCAUAGUUACAAGAUGAUAAUGUAUAUGAAUUAACUGUGAUAUUUUUGCAUGAAUUGUUCAUCUGCAUAGUGCUGUAUUAGCUUUAAGUUAGACUCAUGUUUUUAUCAAGUAUUAGUAAGAGUGAUGUCUUUAUUGUAUAUAUUCCCAUCUAUGAAUCCGAGUGCCACAACUUUGUGUCAGCAAGGAGGUAAUGCUGUAGCUUAUCUUUUUUGUAGCCAUAGUGAUAACAAUGUCCAAAUAUAUGUGUCUGGCAUAAAGCCAGCAAGUCCUGAUAAUAUAAUUCCUUUGAGUUCAACAGAGCCAGUCUACAGAGCUGGUUUUCUGAUGACAGUAGUGUAGUGGGGUGCUGUGUCAGUUGACAUGUUGCAGUGUAAUGAAGAAAAGUACAUAGCAACAGUGAGGGUAUUAAUGGAUUGUACCACACAGUUCAAGCAGGAGUUUAAGAAGGAUUCCCCUACUUGAUACACAAUAUCAUCAUCCGUAUUGACUGUGUCCAGUACUGUUCUAAUGUAUAUUUUCAUCAUCAAGAGUGCAAGUCAACCUCGUUUAGCACUGUAUGCAUUAUUUUGAUUACGGGAAAACUUGCUCAGUCAACAGAUGUUUGUUGACUCUCCCAUUUUUACGUUUAUCUUCAUCAUGUUUAGUUAAGGUGUAUCCGGUACUGAUGGAUAGAAAUUUGUGAAGGUCACAUGUAUGUUUUGGAUAAGAUCAAGUUUGUCCAAAAACCUUGCACAGUGACAUACUAAGAUCUAAUAUAUGUUUUUUAGUUAGUUUUAAGUGAAAUGAAAUCACUUUUGAUUUUCUCGUAAUUUCUUGUUUCGAUUUUGUUGAACUUGAAUCGUGGAAUAAAUCAGAUUAUCACCUGGAAACAUA